UUCAUUGCAACUCUGACCUCAGCACCAGCAUCUGCUUCCUGAAGGGAGAUGGCUAGGAUGGACACACAGCCUCCUUCUGGAAGAAAACAGUGUCUCCGGGCAAGCUGAGUUUGCUAGAGACCCUCACACCAAACAGACCAGCACAAUGAUUUCCCAGGGAGUCUGGACAAGUCCGUUCAUGUGGUUUUUCUACAGCAUGACCUCAGGUUUUCUCACGGAUGCAGUGUCCGUUUUACCUGCCCCUCAGAACCUCUCUGUACAGUCAACCAACAUGAAGCAUCUCUUGAUGUGGAACCCAGUGACCCAGCCGGGGGAGACGGUGCUCUAUUGUGUGGAGUAUCAGGGGGAGUACGAGAGCCUGUACAUGAGCCACAUCUGGAUCCCCAGCAGUCAAUGCUCACCGACCAAAAGUCUGGAGUGUGAUGUCACCGAUGACAUAACCGCCACAGUGCCAUAUAACUUCAGGGUCAAGGCCAUGCUGGGCUCACAGACUUCAGCCUGGAGCAACCUGGAGCACCCCUUUAACCGAAAUGCAACUGUCCUCACCCCACCCAGGAUGGAGGUCACUGAACAUGGGCUGCAUCUGGUUAUUGAGCUGGAAGACCUGGGGCCCCAGUUUGAGUUCCUUGUGGUCUACUGGAGGAGGGAGCCUGGCGCCGCGGAACAUGUUAAGAUGGUGAGGAGUGGGGACAUUCCGGUGCACCUAGAAACCAUGGAACCGGGGGCCAUGUACUGUGUGAAGGCGCAGGCACUGGUGAAAGCCAUCGGGAGGCACAGUGCCUUCAGCCAGCCUACGUGUGUGGAGAUGCAAGGAGAGUCUCUUCCGCUGGCACUAGCUCUGUUUGCGUUUGUUGGCUUCAUGCUGAUUCUCGUGGUUGUACUACUCUCCGUCUGGAAGAUGGGCCAGCUGCUCCGGUAUUCUUGCUGCCCCGCCGUUGUCCUCCCAGACACCUUGAAAAUAACCAGUUCGUCUCAGAAGCUGAUCAGCUGCAGGAAGGAGGAGGUGGACGCCUGUGCUGUGGCUGUGCUGUCCUCGGAGCAUCUCUUUGGGGUCUGGAUCUCACAGACUUGAGAAGGACCUGAUGGAUUAACAGCCUGGUCUGCAGGACCCAGAACCCUGGAUGGGGUGGGUUGUGUUUCUGUUUUCCUCUGUGGACAAAAGACAAAGAGAAGUAACAGGAGCCUACUGUGUGCACGUCUAGCAGUGACCGUCAGAGGCAGAGUGGCGUGACCAUCCAAGAGUGACAGAAAUAGUCUAGAGAGGUGAUCCCCAGACACACAGUUACCAUACGCUCACUGAAAAACAGUGGAGAAAAUGGCUUCAUACCUCGGACCCCCGCUUUGUCACCUGUAGUGGGGAUUAAAUGGUUUCUCCCCUCAUCUCUGUGUGUAUACAAACUCGCACUUGCAGGUUGGCAAGGAGACUGGUGGCACUGUGCACAACGGUGAGUUCAGAUCAUGCGGACUGUGGGGCAUACGCGUGUGCUAAGAAUGAUCAGAGUACUCAGCCGGGUGCAAAAUCUCAGCACUUUGGAGGAGCGGGAGAGAAAAUCACAGCCUAGACGACACGGUGAAACCCCAUCUGAAGUAAACAACCGAACAACCAAGAGUAAUAAACCUCCUUUUGUCAAAUCAAACUCAGACCACUGUUGGUUUGGACUUCCCUCUUUACAAGAGGAAACCCGAGGAGGGACGGAAGAAUGGGAGGGCUGUUUCACUUCAAGCCAAAUCCUGUCAGCACGCUCUGCUGAGGGUGACAUCGAGAGAGGCCGUAGCCCGUCCAUGAUGGGACAUGCGCGGAUGCUGCUGUGGGUUCAUGAAAUGUCAUCAGAUCCUAGGACCUUGUCCACAGUAAAUCACACCAGCUCUCUUCCUAAGGACAAUUCACUCAGGGUUUCUCAGUCGCUCUCAGGUACUCAUCAGGAACCCCUGACUAGAGGCAUAACCAUCACUACCUCCAGGCAGCGAGGGAGGGGUGGAGGACAGCUUCAGUCAGAGGAGGAUGAAAGGAGGUGGCUUCAUCUCUCUCUGCAGAGUCAGGCUCACCACCACCUCCCCCUCUGGAACCUGGAGCUGGCUUGUCUCUGCCCCAACUUCCUGGGCUUCACCAGCCAGACAAGGGUAGAGACAGUGUAACGGUUUCAACCAGGUGCUUCCAGUCCGUCUUCAGCACAGAUGCCAACGGCCUCAUCUCUACUUUGGGGACUCCAGGAGAGAUAUGUAGGGGUGUGGGCAGAUAUGUAGGGGUGUGGGCUGAGGCUCCCUGCCUUUGUCCUGUUCUGUAUAUUUCUGCCUUGACUCUUUUGUGAAGCGUGUGUUAAAUGUUAUAUUUCAACUGGUCUGGAAAUGUGCUGUUUACAGAAUUAAAAAUUGCAUACUUACAUUAACCUUCAUCUUUUCUCCCCUCUCUUCUCUGCUCCCUCACCCCAGGGACUUCAUUCCUCUGUUACCUAAGCUCAGAAUAAAGAAUUACCCCGA